GCGACUCAGCCCCCCCCAUCCCACAGGGCUCUGUUCACCUAUGAAGGCAACAGCAACGACCUGCGCGUGGCCGGCAGCGGGGAGGGCGGCCUGGAGGAGAUGGUGGAGGAGCUGAACAGCGGCAAGGUGAUGUACGCCUUCUGCAGGGUGAAGGACCCCAACUCCGGCCUGCCCAAAUACGUCCUCGUCAACUGGACGGGUGAAGGCGUCAAUGAUGUGCGGAAAGGAGCCUGUGCCAACCACGUCAGCACCGUUGCCAGCUUCCUGAAGGGUGCCCACGUCACCAUCAACGCUCGAGCAGAGGAGGAUGUGGAGCCCGAGCUCAUCAUGCAGAAGGUGGCCAAGGCCUCGGGGGCCAACUACAGCUUCCACAAAGAGAGCAGCCGCUUCCAGGACGCCGGGCCACAAGGCCCUGUGGGCUCCGUCUACCAGAAAACCAACGCCAUGUCUGAAAUCAAGCGGGUCAAUAAGGACCACUUCUGGGCCAAAGCCGAGAAGGACGAGGAGAACCGGCGCCUGGAGGAGAAGCGGCGCGCAGAGGAGGAGCGGCAGCGGCUGGAGCGUGAGCGGCGUGAGAGGGAGCUGCAGGAGGCAGCGGGGAGGGAGCAGAGGUUCCAGGCACGCUCCAGCCAGAUCGAGGCCCAGAAGAGGCUGCAGCAGGAGGCAGAGAGGCGGGAGCAGCAGCAGUGGAAGGAGCAGCAGGCAGAGGAGCGUGAGGCCGGGCAGCGCCGCAGCGUGCGGAGGAGCGAAUCAGUGGAGAAAGCCCAGCGCCCGGGGAACCCGCGGGACAUCUUUGUGCAGAGGGAGCGGGCGGCACCUGGGGACACUGCAGCCACUGCACAGCCAGGGCACAGCGUGAGCCCGAUGGGCAGCCACCCGGAUGGGGAGAAUGUGUACGAGGAUGCAGCUGACGGCGCAGCCAUCUACGAGGAACCCCCUCAGGACCACGACGAUGGAGCUCAGUACCAGUACCCAGCUGGGUACCAGCAGGAGCCCGAGCUGGCGGGGAAGGGGCUGUGCGCCCGAGCGCUCUACGACUACCAGGCGGCCGAUGACACCGAGAUCUCCUUUGACCCCGAGAACAUCAUCACCAACAUCGAGAUGAUCGACGAGGGAUGGUGGCGGGGCUACGGCCCCGACGGCCACUUUGGGAUGUUCCCUGCCAACUACGUGGAGCUGCUCGAGUGAGGGCAGCAGGGCGCGCAGUGCCCAGACCCCCCACCACCACUGGUUCUUCCGAGCAGCGCCAGCUUCCUGCCUUCCUCCCCCCUCCCCCAGCACCGUGCUGUGCCCCCUGAGCCCCCCGCACUCUCUGGGGGGCGAUGGCAGCACCCCUCCGUGACCCCCCCGCCCCCCCUCAAGCUGUGGGCGCUGCCUGCCCCAUUCACUGUGAAGGAGGAAGAGCGCGGUGCGGCGGCGGCCUUCCUCCCCCCCGGUUUGCUUUGGGAUCAAGGACGCGGCGGCUGUUGGCCGCAGGUCAAUAAAAGGGCUUUCUUUGGUGUCAGGA